AUGGAAAGUGACGCCGGUGCCCAGCAGCCUCCCGAAGCGUCAGAAAACUCAAAUAUGUACGGGGGAUACCAAACUGAAACCGAAAGUGAUCCCUUGGUUUAUAAAAGUGAUAAUAAUCACAAUCCUGGUUCAACGAAUUUGGACGGCCCAAAUUCCAUUGUUGCUCAAACCGAACCCAAUGCCGUUUCCGAGAGAAGAACAAGUGUUCUUCAGCAAGCAGACGAUGUGCUCCCUCGUCAUCUGUCCAUAGAUGAUGCAAUUGCUUCGGUAGCUCGUCAACUGGCGGGAUUUAGUGAAGACUUUCUUCGCCGUGACCUGCGAGUGUCGGCUUCUCAUAGUUCACACAAUGAAGCCGGCCAUCAUGCUGAUUCUGAACAGCUUGAAACCCGUCUUCCAGUGCCAGAGAAUGUCCAGGAACACAACAAUGUGUCCAAUACUGAGAACCAUGAAAGUACAGGAGCUCCAGCAGAUGAUUCGUUUUUUUCUGAACUAGCAUCCAGACCCGAGACUUCGGAGCAGUUUUUCAGCACUCAUGCGCAAGAAGAGAUAACCCCCUUAGUAGAUCCAUUACAAGAGGUGGACGAGCGUCGUGAGUCAUUCCCAUGGGAAGAGCUGAAGGAAGGAGCCGAUUUCUUUUCGAGCCUAGGAAACUCUGAACACAACCAGACCCCUGCCUCGGGUACGGAAGAGCAUGAACAGUCUCAUGUCUCUACUCUGUUUAAUGAAGAAGAAACAGCGAUUACUCAUGGCAACGAGGAAAGUAUCCCAUGGCCCUCUUACGACGAAAAUAGUCACGAAGCUCAUGCUCAGCAUACCUCUGAGGGUGCGCAAGAAACUGACUCAGUUGCUCCUCUGGCUCACACUGUCCACGAAUCAGAUUCAACGCCUACUCCAAAACCAGACUCGACCAAUGAGCUUGAUGAGCUCUUUGCUGGAGACGACGACGAUUUCUUGCAAGAGAUUGUGAAAGACCAGGAACCUGUAACAAGCAAUGGAAAUCAGGAUACGAAGACACCCAGCUCGCAGGAACCAGAGCCAGCCGAAGAAAGCCAAGUUAAAAAGAAAGAUUCCUUUGCAUUCUUGGAAUUAGACGAUGACCUUCUUUUGGAUGAUGAUUUAUUACCAGAUGAGGAGGACGAAGGAGAGAUUAACAGCAACGCAACAGUAGUCCAGCCACAGACUACAACUACAUCUCGUUACAGCAGACCACUGCAGCCAACGUCAACUUCAUCGUCUUUUUCCAAGCCAGUUGCUGCUCAAGAGUUUAACAAAAAGCUUGAAGAAGCUAAAAAGAAACAUGAUGCGUAUGAUUUCCCAUCAAAUUUACUACACCUGUCAAUUAAACCAGCCCCAAGAACGAACAACAAGUAUGCUGCACCAUCGGGCUCAGCUGGCUCUCCAAAUUCGGCAUCAGCUUCAGCUCCACCACCCCUGCUGACUACGUCGCUACCAUUGCACCCUCAAGCAGCUCCAGGUGUAGCACAAGAGAAUCGUCCACCUCUUCAGUCGCACAGUUCUGCACCAAAUCAGGCUCCUUCCAAGUCUCCAGCCAAAAAGUCAUUCUUUGAGGAACUCCCCAUUCCUACUCCAAGAGCUGCAGUGAGACCCGCAAGAAGUGGGCCAUCGAAGCCAUCUCCUGUGACCGCAAAACCGGCAGUUGGACAGGCUCAAAAGAAACCAACACAGCCUCCUGUCAACCCAUAUGCCAUGCAAAACCUCAAGACUCCCUCCGCAGCAUCCAGUCCAGCAAGUGCUGUCCCACAAGUUACAUUGCCCAACGCACCUGUUGGUCCAGUUCCUCCCGUGGCCCCCAUUGGUGGUGUGGUAGCUCCAGGUCCAUUUUCUGAUAUGGCAUCGGUAGCUCCACUUCCACAAUCGGCACCCCAAAACUCGUUGCUGGCAACUCCCAAUACGACAUCACAACCUCGAAAGUUGUCAAAUGCAGGUUCUAGCCCAUAUGUUCCCAAAGUGGGUCCUUACGGACCAUCUGGCCACACCAGACAUCAUUCCAGAGCGAGCUCUUUGGUAGGAGCAAAAGGUAAGGAGGUCAAUCCCUAUGCCCCUGCUCUUUCUCCCGUGAAUGCAAGUGGUGGGCAAAUGCUGCCUCAAAAUCAAGCUUCGAGUUUGUCCGCUGUAGCACCACCGACAGCUCAUCUGUCCGCCACGGCUAGUAGGUUACGUCGGAUUUCGAAUCCUCGCUCCAUUUAUGGAAAUGCAGUUGCGCAACAAUUGAAGCCAGUGGACCCUAAUAUUAGGUUUCAAAAACAAUUUCCAAUCUUCAACUGGGGUCUCAAUAACAAUGUUUCUAUGAUUCCUAAGAACAUGCAGAGGAACAUAAACAUCAAGCAACUCACGGGCGGUGCGUUUACGGAAAUCUUGAAAUCUUUCCCGGGACCUUUGAGUAAGAAACUGAAAGCAAAGGACGUUGAAAAGUGGCUUAAGACCAAAGUGACCCAUUUGGACAGCUCUACGCCUAAUGUGGCCACAAAUGAAGCGAAGCUUAGCGAUGAGGUCGGUGAAAUCCUAGCAGCUUUGGUGGCCUCGAAUGGAGACGUUAGGUCGCAAGAAUUCAUCUCUACUGCGUGCUCCGUCUUAAACCCACACCAUUAUUCACAAGUGGAGGCGAUGGCAACACCACAAGGCUCGAAUCAUUCUGCAACGGCAUACAAGCUCGACAACAGUGGUCUGAAUCAAUUACUCACUUAUUGCCAGGCGGGCCAGACUGAUCGUGCGCUAGAGCUCUGUGUGGCAGCGGGAGAUUGGGCGUUAGCUUUGAUCAUUAGUCAUAGCAUGGGACCCCAGGCAUUCGGAAAAACCGCUAGCGACUUUGCUCGUACCUCGUAUCCAUUCCAAAAAUCUCAAAGCAAGUUGAAUCACCUUAUGCCUAUUAUUUUGAAGGUUUUCUCUGGAAAUGUGAAAAGCAUUAUUGAGGAUUUCCAAAACGUUGCGACUGAACUCGAAUGGGUAUUGUUGCAUUGGAGGGACGUGGUGACUCUGAUAGCUGCAAAUGCCAUACAAAAUGGAAAGGUGAACGAAUUUCUCAAUGAAUUUGGUCAACUCUUAGCAUCGCACGGCAACUUUAUAGGGCGAGACGUUUGUUUUAUUUUGACUGGGGCACCUCUUUCCCCUUCAUUUUCAGUUGUUGGAGGAGACAGCCAAAUGGGACUUUUCUAUACUGAGAUUUACGAGUAUGCUCUCAGCCAACGUUCAGCAGCAACUGCAAACACUUUGUUGCCAACACUUCUGGUCAAACUCCAUCAUGCCCAGCUUUUAGCAGAUUAUGGGCUCAAUGUUGAUAGUCAACGGUACUGCGAUCAAAUCGGUGCAUCUUUGAAAACAACCAAGCAACAGGUGCCGCCGGCAAUAAUUCACGAAUUCCAAAGACUUUUGGUACGGGUUUCUGACACCGGAGCAAACGAUCAAAGUUGGUAUGGGGGUAUUGGAAAGAUCAAUAAGAUGUGGGGUCAACUCGAUAAGUUGAUCAGCGGUGACGAAAACACUGAAAAGAAGGGAGAAACUGGGUUGUUUUCCAAGUUUAGUCCUUCAGUUUCGAGAAAUGCUUCAACAACUGACAUACAUGCGUUGGAUCGCCCAGAAUUUCACAGUAUGGUCAGCUCCAUGUCUGCUCCCAUAACCCCUGGUGAACAAUAUGGAAGAACACCCUCUUCUGUGGCACCUGUCACAUCGCUACUGGGAGUGAGCUCAUCUCAAACGAGCAACCCUUUGACUUCCGUACCUCGUUAUGCUCCGCCAGCCAAGAAUAGUCGUCCACAGCAAUCUCCACAGCAACCAACUAGAAGUCACGACAUGGCCCCACACAGCGGACUGCGCUAUGCGCCAUCAAACGCUUCGCUGCUGAAUUUGGGGAACCCUGAAGAAGCCAUUCAAUCACGAAAACCACCUUCCAAGUACUCUAGACCUGCUCAAGUUGGAGCAGCUUUCUCUUACAAUAAUCCAGUUGCUGAAGCCUCCAGUCUGUCAAUUGGCCUGUACGGGUCGCACGCUGUUCCAAAUCCACCACCAGCUACUCAGGGCCACACCAAGCAACCCUCGUUCAAUAGCAUUGUGUCCAAUGAUUACUCGGUCAUUAGAGAUCACAACAGAUCUCCUCUGGUUCAAAGUGACAUCAGCUUGGAUUAUCCCGUUGAUUUUAGAGAAAGAAUCGCAGAGCUGAAGCAGGAGUCAGAAGAGAAUGCAGAUAUAAAGCAACUAAACGAAAUACCUACCAACGGAAACGGCAACGAGAAUACUCAAGCUCAGUCUUCGAAAGACCAAUCUUCUCCAUUACCCUACGCUAACCAAUCUGGUACAACCAUGGACUCAACAGAGGUAGCUUCUCAACAAUCACAGCAGCCACCACCACCACCUCCCAAACUUACACAGACACCAACGCAACUGCCAUCAAGAGGUCCACCACCAGCUGUAUCAAGAUCGCCAUCCCAACCACCAAAGGCCAAUCCUUAUGCCCCUGGAGCCCGUACGAAUAAACCUCGUGGAAGAAAUCGGUAUGGUCCUCCCAGCGCAUUAGGAUCGAAUGCGCCUAGCGUUCCUGAGGUCAAUGGUAAUAGAGCACUGGAAGAGCCCAAGAACGUCAAUCCAAAAGUACAUGAAGAAAAGACUUCAAAUAUAGACGACAGCUUUACUAGCAGUUACCAGGAAGAUACACAAAUGAGUCUGCCUCUGCUCAUGCUCAACCACAACCAAGGCGCAAUCAACCAAACAGAAAGACCAAAUAGUAAAUUUGGUUUGGGAGACGAGUUCCCAAUUCCUGGAUCGCCUGAAGUAACUACAAGAGCAAAUCUGGUCUAUGGUGGCCAUGGGGGAUUUUUCCUGUCUAGAUUGUCCCAGUCACAGCAGUCGACAAUGUAUCAACAGUAUGAGGUGACGGAUGAUACUGUACAAGACUAUGUGCCUGUAGUGGAAGAAGAAGACGAGGAAGAAGAUGCACCCAAAUCGCAAUCUAGCCAGCCAGCACAGAAUGGAAGCAAAUCAGCUGCCAAUGCAAAGGGACAAACAGGGCUAUUCAGCAUUUUUGGAAUGAGAAAGAACGACGGAAAGCCAAAGCCUAUACGUGCCAAGAUGGGAGAGCCUAUGAAGCUAGUUUAUGAUGAGGAGAUGAAGGCAUGGAUCGACCCUUCAAUUCCUCGCGAUCAGCAACUCAAAAAGGCAGCACCACCACCUCCACCGAAAAUGAAGACCAGUGCUAAACCUAGUAACGUACCAAGUGUCGGAGAAGCACCCUCGCAACAGCACACACCUCAAACGGGACCAGUGCUUCCACCAGGCAACCUGAGUGGACCCACCCCAAAGCCGAUUGGCAGUGGACCCAAACCGCCAGCGCCUAGAGCAGGCACGAAACCACAAUUGGCAAAUGCUAAUUUGGACGACCUUUUGUCGCUCAGCUCUCAACCAGGAGCAGCAGGACGGAAACCCAAGCGUGGAGCUCGCCGUGGCUACGUGAACGUCAUGGAGCAAUGA